GACAGGAGGAACCAAGUGGAGCGACAGAGCAACUUCACGAUCAGCCUGUGAUGCGCACGGGUGACGCCGCGCUCCUGUAGUCGCAUAACCAAAGACUGGCGUGGGAUCGGUCUCUGCUGCGCCUCAUCUGGAAUAACGUCGGGAAAAUCCAGAGAUUUCAUUAGCAUCUGUGCAUGUGUGUGAGCGAGAGAGAGUGCGAGUGUGUGUAUAUGUGUGUGUGUUUUAGAGGAAGCGAACAGUGUUGAGAAUAAUCCCGUUUCCACCGGAGAGGGGGGUUUUCUGUACUUUACAGAAGCCAGAGCAGAGAUAUAUUCCGCCAGAGAAUCAGCAGAUACAGGCUGUGAAAAGUAACCAUGGGAAAGCAGAACAGCAAGCUGACUCCAGAGGUGAUGGAGGAUCUGGUGAAGAACACAGAGUUUAACGAACACGAGCUGAAGCAGUGGUACAAAGGCUUCCUGAAAGACUGCCCCACUGGCAGGCUGAAUCUGGACGAGUUCCAGCAGCUUUAUGUCAAGUUCUUCCCUUACGGCGAUGCAUCAAAAUUUGCACAACACGCCUUCAGGACCUUUGACAAAAACGGAGACGGCACCAUCGACUUCCGAGAGUUCAUCUGCGCUCUGUCUAUCACGUCCCGUGGCAGCUUUGAGCAGAAACUCAACUGGGCCUUCAACAUGUACGACCUGGACGGCGACGGCAAAAUCACCAGAGUGGAGAUGCUGGAGAUAAUCGAGGCCAUCUACAAAAUGGUGGGCACCGUGAUCAUGAUGAAGAUGAACGAGGACGGUUUGACACCAGAGCAGAGGGUGGACAAGAUCUUCAGCAAAAUGGAUAAGAACAACGACGACCAGAUCUCGUUGGAAGAGUUCAAAGAGGCAGCGAAGAGUGACCCGUCCAUCGUGCUCCUGUUGCAGUGUGACAUGCAGAAGUGAGCCCCGACCUUUGCUCGCUCCUCUCCCCGUCUGUGAUCCACACUCUGGACAGCAGCACAUGUUUUAAUGUCUCAUUAGGGUCUCUGCCAUUUCCACGGGAAACAAAAACAAAACACGGAAAACAAUGCUUGGACUAUUUUUCAAUGGACUCGCUUCUUGUGGUCGUAUGCAUGAGAAUGUUAAAUGCUGAAUACUUCUGAAUAUAGCUAUAAGAUUCCAUACAUUUCUAUUUCAAAACAUGCCUGUGUGGUCUGUGCACUGUAUAACCCUCGACAUUCUCAUCCAUCCCUAGCUUGUAUAUCAAUGGAGCGCUGCGUUAAAUUAUGUUCCUGCAAUAUUUAGGAUUCCCCCCCCCACGAUUCACUGCUGCAACUACUGUACGCUUUUACAUAAUAGUAACAAAUCAAUAAUUCCUAUGAUAAUUGUAAGUGUCUCUGCUAUCCAGACUUGUCGAGCUCGUGGAGAAUAGAAAGGCUCCCGUGUGUUCCACAUGUUUUCAACGACAUGAUGGGAACCAAAAAGAGUAGGUUCUUUGCAUGCAUAUAUUACGUGUCGAAAAAAAAAAAAUAUAUAAUCUCUUACCUUUUGCAUCUUUAGGUGGUUAUAAAAGAGAAAACCCUCCAAAAUUCAUUUAGUAUUGUUGCAUGGGAUGUACAGUAUGUGACUCAUCACACCGUCGAUUCACCUCCAGUAAUGUGGGAGCAUGCUUCCCUCCAUCUGACACACUUUUUUUUUAGGUUACAGUUGUGAGCUUAUUGUGUAGGAAGAAGAGCUUUCACAUGAACACUGUAUUAUGGGUUUUCAGCGUCAGUGACUUCUGGGACGAGCAGAAACGUGUUUACGGAGCAUUUUGUUCUCUUAUGAAUUUAUAUUACUGCCGCCGCGUAAUCCGGAGGAGAGGCCAAAAUGACGAGGCACGGCACUCGCGCGUUACUCACACCGAUCCACAAUUGGCUUAUUUUUCAGGCUGCUUCUUUGAUUUAGACGCAAUAAAAAAACAAAUAAACAAAUUUUACUCAGUACAUAUCAACAUGUUUACAGAAAUUAUGAGCAAUGCAAAAAUGAGAACAGUCUUAGCUUUUUGACCUCGAUGCUGGGCGCUCACUCUCUGGGCUCCACUUCCACUGCACUGCAGCAAACAAGGGGGGGAAAAAAAGCCUUAUAUGUUUACUGGACAUACUGCAUUCCUAAAACUUUUUUGUAAAAAAAGAAACUUUUUAUUGAUACUCUAAUUUAUUCCAUUUGCAACGGUCAUUAACAUUACAGGACCUUGGAGAGAGAUGUGCUUAAUAAAGCAGCUGGUUUGGCGACGCAGGCCAAGGUCAUUGUGGGAAAUCUCUCUUUAUAGAGUUUCUGUUUCCCCCAUUUCUAGGCUAUGCAAGCGUGGGCCGAGUGUCUGCUUGUAGUCCACGUACAGUGGUGGAGGUUGCAGAAGCUUUUCACUGCUCUGUGUGUAACAUAAAAGAAAGCAAACAUUUAUUUAUUUAUGUCGAUAUUUUAUUUUACACACUUCAGUCCAGUCACCGUGUCAGAUUCUUUGUCUCGUAAAGUGUUUAUAUCAAAUAUGAAAAAUCAUCACACAAGUGACUGUAUUAUUAUUAUUAUCACUAUUUUUUACAUGUGGCAUGUGUUGCACCCAAACCUGACUCUGUAGUGUUAAAAAUGAAUAAACCAUCAACAGGCUUUUUCAAAAGACAAAGGUCUGACUGACAGGUGCUGUUAAUGGAAACACAGAAAUGAAUAUUCAAGUCAACUUUAUUUGUAUAGUGCCGAAUCACAACAUGCAUUAUCUCAAGGCACAUCAUGGAGAGCAGAGAAACCCACACACAAUGAGUAAACACUAGGCAUCAGUGGAGAGAAGAAGAAAUCUCCCACAGAACCAGACUCAAAGAUGCGCAGCAUCUGCCAAGACAGGUUGGGGUGAAAGGAACAAUGGGGGACAGAGGAGAGGUGGGGGACAGAAAGGGGGCAGAGAAAGGACAAGGGGGAAUAAUAUUCAUGUUGCCGUGUGUGUAUGGACGAGCCAACGAAAAUCCAACAUCCUUUUUCACAGAAAUUAGAAUCAUUGAGCUUGAUUGUCUCUGUUUACGCUACAUAAUCCAAACAAAAUAAAGUAUAAACUGCCAGCUGUAAUUAAUACGGACAGGAUACACAUAGUGAAACCAAACUCUGUCAGCAGAUAUACUAUGACACACAUUUUAUGUCAUCAUCAUCAUUUUAUUUAUUUACUUAUUUAUUCAUUACUGGGAAACACAUCGAUACGACUCAGAUUAAAGUUGGGGGAGGCAACAUUUUGGCUUAGCGUGUCAUUAUGAUGUUCAAACUAAUUGCACGGCGUAAUGGCGACAGAAACAGGACACCACUCGUGUUAUUUUCACCCAACAUAAGCCUCGCUUUUGCGAUAUUAUUAUUUUGUCGUCCGGGACGAGAUAUUCAUGGAAACGCGACAAAUUGAUUUACGACACAAAGGAAGUGCAUCUUCCCGUAUUUAUAGAUGAGCGUUGAGCAGAUCGUCCCCAGUUUAUUAUGACACUACGAACACGAACGAUACAUUCCAUUUAAAUGAUACUUGUGAGCGCCCAUCCAGAGCACUUGAGUUGUACAGAAUAUGACAUAUCACACAUUAUUAAAGCAAAACUAUUCAGUGUU